AUGGCGGCACUCCGCUACGACGGCCUCGAUGACGGAAACUUCCACGUCCCUGGAACCACACUCCGCCUCCUCCUCUUCAUCUCCCUCCCCUUACUCGUCUUCUCCGUCCUCCUCUGCCUCUACCUCCGCUGGAUCUGCCUCCGCCGCGGCGCCGGAACGCACCCGGUGAACGCACUUCCUGCUGCGGCUGCCACCGGACUCGAUGAACGGACCAUAAAUAGCUUCCCGGUGCGGUUGUCGCUGGCCGGGGAGGAGGCGGCCCAGUGCUCGAUUUGCCUGAGCGGGGUGCCGGCCGGGGAGAAGGUGAAGGCGUUGCCGGGCUGCGGACAUGGGUUCCACGUGGAGUGCGUCGACGAGUGGCUACGGGUGCACGCGAGCUGCCCGCUGUGCCGGGCGACGCCUCGUGGUUCGCCGGCAGGAUUGGCGCUGCAGAUUUAG